UCAAACAUGCUCUCCCUCUGGACCUUCCUCGUGCAGAAGCUGUCGCUGCUCACGCAGCUCACGCUUUUCGACUUAAAGUGGCGGGAGCCAGAAGAGGAGCGCGAGCCGCAGCAGAGUGCUCCCGGGACACUGCGCCGCGGGGACAUCCUGGAGGUGCCUCGUACGAUCUUCAUUCACUUCGGCAUUUACCUGGGCGACGGCAAAGUGGCGCAUCUCAUCCCCGACAUCCUGCCUGCUCUCACACGUGACCCCGCGCUGAUACGCACAGUCAUCACCAACACGCGCCUCAUCGUCGGCUGCACGUUCAAAUACGCCACUGUGCGCGUGGACACGCUGGAGGACUUUGCGUAUGGCGCAAGAAUCCUGGUAAACCGCGUGGACACUGUGAUGAAGGCCCAGCCUCUGCCCAACGAGGAGGUGGCAAGACGCGCGGAGCAGCUGCUCGGGGACACGCCCUACAGCCUCCUGUGGAACAACUGCGAGCACUUUGUGACGCACUGUAGAUACGGCUCUGCGGUCAGCAGGCAGACUGACAAGUUCUGUGAGGUUCUGAAGUCAGUCAUCAGAGACCAGCGCAGUGCCUUGUUGUCCUGUCUUCUGGGCAUCACUUCCAUCAUCUCUUUUGGUAUGGCACCUUCAACUACAUUACCCACAAUCCUCAUCCCCUUCACCCUGUGGAUGGCUGGCUGA